CUCAUUUUCUUGCCCUAGAUUAAAAUCCCUCGAUUCACGCAGCCGCACCAUUGCGUUUUCUCUCUUCUUCUCCUUUCUUCAUAGAGAAAAAAACCCAAAUCAAUCUCACUCUUUUAGCUCACUUUUCUCCAGAAAUUUCUAAGAUUUAGCUCGAUCGAAGCUUUGAACUAUCUGGGUUUGCUUUAAAAGGAGAUGAUGAGUUCGUAUCGCAGCUUACACGGCUGCGAUUUGGGUUUGUGAUGGAUGGUUUGAAGAUUUCUUGUCCUGUGGAUGUUUCGUUGCCGGCUAAGCUUAUGGGAUCUGAAGGGUGUGGUGGUGGAGUUAGGGUUUCGUCGAAUAAAGCAGAUAACAACUGUGAGAAAGCUCGUGUCUCGAUUGGUGUUAAUUCUUCAAUUGAGCGUUGUAGUGCUUCAAUCAACAAGAAAGGAGCAGGAAGUAGCAGUGGAGGGUCGGAUUCAUCGUUAUGGCGCAAGUUAAUGCAUUCACACGACUUUGUACAUGAUAGGCUUACUAAACUUCGGGUUGAUAAUUCAUCCGAGCCUCAAAAUGGUUAUUCACCAAUUGCUAGUCCAGAAAGUGCGGAGUCUCCUAGGAAAAGAGGAAAACUUUCGAGAAGUAGUAGUAAUGGGACUCCGAGAAGGACGAAAUUGAUCCUUUUAGAUGAAACGGUGAGCAUACCGAGAGAUAACGACACCAAGGAGAUAUGUGGGCAAGGAUCUACUAGUUGCUUAGAUAAACCAUUUGUGGUGAAGCAACGGACCAGUUGUAAUGGCAAGCGAGGUGAUAAGAGAAUUUCCAAAGUUCCUGUGAGAACUUUUUCAACCAUCACUUCAGCCACUGGCGAGAAUGCAUUUUUCGGUGCCUAUGGUCUGAAGCCUGCAAUAAAUGAUGUUACCAAACUCGUUGAAGAUUUGUCUGUGAAAAAUCUUCUUGAAGGCUCUUAUGAGUGUCCUUCUAUGGGCAAAGACAAGAUGAAGAAAAUGGAGGAUACUAACGACACUUUGUUGAGUGUAGUCAAAAAUGUUUGGUCCAUUCUACCAACAAAGAGGCCUGUUCAAUCACAAAGCUCUACUGAAUUAGACACUUGUCUCAGCAGAACUCUUGGUUCACCACCCAGCUCUACCUCUGCUACACUACUAAAUGGUGAAAACAUCGAUAAAGCAAAUGCCCUGGAUGGAGAUCUAUCUUCAUCUUCCAAGGAGCAUUGCAUCAACUCUGAAAUUCCUUCCACUCCACUUAGUUUUCCAUUAUGCGACGCUGUAGAUGUAUUGAAAAGAUUAGGCCUUCCUCCGUCGAAAGAUUUAGACUCUCUGCUCCAAGAUGCAUCAAAACCUUCUCAGAACUCUAAGAACAACUUGGACCAGCAGCGUUCAGCUAAACAACUACCUCCUCGUAGUGGAUUGCCACAUUUCCCUUGGUCGCAGGCCUUUAGUGGGAGCUCUAGAACCAACUCAGAAGCAGCAAAGCUUGUAACCGGCAAGACACUUUGUCAAGGACGAUGGCUAAGAAUAGCCAACACUACUAUGAGUUCUCCAGAGGGUAUAACCGAUAAUUUCGCAAAUCUGGGAUCACUCACUUUCAACCAAAACUUAGUCCCUCCAUUACUGAAGCAGACUAUUGCUGGAAUUAAGACCUCUCAAACAAAAUUCACUAACAUCAUUUCGUGCCAGUGCACAGAAGCAUCUGUUUCUACCCUUCAAAAAGCUUCCUUUGUUCCUAAAGAACCAGAGGGAUCCCCAGAUGUUCAAGAUGAAGCUCUUUCCUGUCCACAGCUAUUAGAAGCUGCUCGAACGCUCUGUGACAUUGCAGUCCAGUCCGCAAAUCACAUCAACCCAAACGGAAUCCUCAGAUGGCCAAAGAAGCUUUCUCAGAAAUCCAUGAAAGCCCGCAAAUCCAAACUAAUCGAAAAGCCUCUGGAAAGGCAUGGGACAACUGUUUCAUCCUUAGAUCUUAACUCAAGCAACAACAACAAUAACAAGAACCACGUGAGAAAAGAUUCAGCAGCAGAGCAUAAUCAUCAUCAUCAUCAUCAUCCUAAGCCUUCAAAGAGACUGAAACUAUCAACAAUGGAGAACAAGAAAAGAUCAUUCCCAAGCUCAUCAUCAUCCCCAAUAGAAUCAGAUAGAAAACAUUCAUCUUCAAGCAAGUUCAAGAAUCACUCCCGUCUGAUGCUGCCGCCUCCACCACCAACGAGAACACUCCAAAAGUCAUCCAUGUAUCCUCAGAAAGCUCGGAAAUUUCCAUGAACCGGUUGAAAAUAAGAGUGGUGGAUCCAUAUAAACCAAUCCUGUUUAC